GUUCGUGCGCUGGAGGAAACAGAGAUCCAUCUACAGGUCAAAGAGGUGCUGCUGCAGCAGUGUGACGUUAAGGUGGAACAGGUUCCCAACCUGGAGGAAACAGAGAUCAACCCACGGGUCAAAGAGGAGCAGGUGGAUCAGUGUAUCAGUCCAGACACGGAGGCUUCAAACAAUGCUGAAGUCAGACAUGUUAAAUCAGAACCAACCACCAAAUGUGAGCUCUUCCCAUCAUCCAAUGCUGUGACUGUGGGUAUCAAUGAUAGCACAGACGACAAAUGGAAUGAAAGUGACGGUUCUUCGUCGCCUCAUCAGAGUAACGGCAUCGAAGUCUUUGUGGAACUGGAGCAACCUCCGAGUGAAGAAAAGUCUUGUCAUAUUUGUGGUAAACAUUUUAAGAGGGACUCUUAUCUGAUAAGGCAUGUAGACAAGAGUCACAAAGGGCACAAAGCCUUUAAAUGCCUGGAGUGUGGCAAGGAGUUCGACCAAAGAUACCAGCUCGUUCUGCAUGUUAGAAGUCACACAGGUGAAAAACCCUUCAGCUGUGAUUACUGCAGUAAAACAUUUGUUCAGAACUCAAGUCGUCUUGCCCACAUGAGGGUGCACACGGGGGAAAAACCAUAUUUUUGUGCCAAAUGUGGAAAAAGUUUUGCCACGAGCAAUCAUUUCAAAUUCUGCAAAAUGCAGAAUGAGUGCAAAAUCACACCAGAGAAAGGGAACACAGAUGAGGAUCACAAAGAGGAGAAGGCCUUUAAAUGCAUUGAGUGCAACAAGGAGUUCGAUAAAAACCACCAGCUGGUUCGGCACGUGAGAGUCCACACGGGUGAGAGGCCCUUCAGCUGCGAUUUCUGCGGCAAAACGUUCACUCAGAAUUCUAACCGGGUUGUUCACAUGAGACAGCACACUGGGGAGAAACCGUACUUUUGCAAUAAAUGUGGCAAGAGGUUUGCAAGCAGCCACCAUCUCAAACUGUGCACAGGGACGCAACACAAAAGCUCAAGUAAGUUAUUUCGCUGCACAACCUGUGGUAGGAACUUUCACACAGAUUCAAACCUGAAGGUGCACAUGGAAGUUCACGAGUCAUGGCAACGACACAUCAGUGAGAAACUGCAAGGACGCGAGUUGGAAGAAAGAAAACUUAAAGUGGUCUGAGAGAUCAUCAGGGCCUUCGUGACACAAAUGCAUUUUGAAGAUAUAAGAUUAUGAUUUGAAUAAUUCAUGUGUAGUAAAUUAUUUAUUUUUUCUUUAAUGGUGGAGGAAUGAAGAAACUGUUUCAAAUGACCUGCACUACCCCCUCUAUGUUUUUCUUCUGUUAUCCUCUCAGAAUUAUUUCCUCCAGGGAAAAGACAGAUCAUGAGGGAGUGGAUGGGAAGAGGAACAGUGAAGCAGCUAAGCCACGAUCCUUUGAACUACUCAGUUAGCCACAUGUACUCAGUUUAUAAUUGGUGUUAACAUGUCUAGCUGUAACAUCACUGCAGUUACUUAUAGCUGAGACAGUCUUCAAAUACAUAUUACUACAAAUCUGUUUUCCUCACAGAAAUCAAAGCUAAUCAAAGAUCAGCAUCCUUCAGGUUUAUUUCUUCUCAUGUUGUUUUACCUGGUAGAGACUUCAGUAGACUGUAGUGCCUUGCUUUGGAUAAUUCAAGUCAUCUUAAAUUGUUUAACUUAGUCAGGUCAUAUAUGGUGAUGAUUUGUUAUGUCGAACUGAGUCGACAGUUUCAGUGUGGUAGCUGGGCAUUUGUGUUCAAAUUACAUACGCAAUCUCACAUGCUCCAAACCACUGAAUGUCACCAUUUCCAAGCCUUAAAAGACAGGGACACAAUUUUUCAAGUGUCUUAAAACAACAGUUGCCCACACCUGUUCAUACUGGCCAUCACUAGAUCGCAUCCACAGAUCCAUCACCUCCAGUGUCAGUGAUGGGGAACAAAAGCCACAUUCCUUAUUCUGUGCAAAAAUGUACAGUUCUGUGUAAACGUUUAGACAACCCAGUAAUUAAACAGUAAUUAUGGCAUCAUGGCAGUAACAGACUCCCACCAAUCUGAAGAAGGGGAGAGGUCUGUCUCUGAAGGUACUUUGCAAAAGUCUUUACCUUUGUUUUGUCUUCUCUAGAGGGCUUUGGCUGGGUCAGAAAUGGUUGUUGAUGUGGGCCUUUAAAGCCCACACUGAAUAGCUAUGGCAUGGUUUAACAGUGUACCUGGUCUUCACACAGUGCAUGUAACAAAAUGGAAAGAAACCAAUUAAUAUUUUUAUUGUCCACAUUCUUACAAGGUGUUCUCAAAGUUUGACAGUGUUGAUGUGGAUGUUAACAGCUUUAAAACAACUAAUUAUUGCAAAGAAGGAAAAUAAAGCAAACAAAUUUCAUUUUUUUUCAUAAUCUGUGAUCUAGUCAUUCUGCGUAACAGCUGUUGCAAUGAAUCAAUAGAACGUAUUGAAAACUAACCAUCACUUCAGUAUGUUCAGUAACUAGCAACACAGAUUCAGUUGUAUUCAAACAUCUGGACACCCAUGGUUAAAUUACAUAGUUUGCUGACUUUUGAAGUGAUGAGAAUUAAAUACAUCAUCAUCAUCAAGUUGAUGAUGAGGUUUGAUUUAGGAGGUUUCACACUCUUUCUGCAGAUCAUCUCAUGCUCAGAGAUAAUUAUAGACUGUCUGGCAGCACAGCAUGUUUAAAAAACGAAGUCCUGACUUAUCAUCAGGGUGUCUAAACUUGUUUAUUUUUCUGUCUUUUAAGGUGAUAAAUAAAAAGCAGAAAAGGUGAUAUUUAAUGUU